CUGCUUCCUGGAAGCCGGGCGGUGGAGGUGCGCGCGGGUGUGUGUCGGGGUGCCGGGCUCAGCCCCCGAGGCUUCUCAGGGGGAUUAGGAAGUCACACGGGCCACCCCGAGCCCGCCAGCCCCGCACGCUCGGGCCGGGAACUUUCUCACUGGCUCUUGUCGCCUCGCAGACACAGGAGCGCCUCUCCGAUCCGCGCCGCGGGCUUCCCCGCAGUGCCCGCUGGCCCCAGUCUCCCCGCCUCCCACUUGGGUAUCUGCACGCCCUCCCCCUUCUGCACCGACUGCAGAACGGCUCCCCCAGGGGGAUGCCCAGAGAACUCGGCACUGUCCUGGGGUCCCUUCCGUUCUGGAACUUCAUAGCUGCGGGAUGGGUGACAUUGCUUCAUCCCUGGCAGGGCUGGGGAGGACGCUCACCAUCAGCUCCCCCAGUCCAGCGUGUUGGGAGGUGCUCCGCUGGCUAGGGCCCGUGGAUGGGCCAUAUAUCCAAGAUAUCAGGGCCGGAUUCACCUUGAAGCUAAUGAAUUAUAAGCUUCAGAGUCCUUCUGUUGUAAUUUGUAUUAGUGAUCUACUGUUCCUUUCUUAACCCCCCCCCCCCGCCCCAGUUGCAUAAGGAAGCUUGGGUCUCCCAAAAUCUGGACCACCCCUGGAUCCAGCUCACACCCUUCCCAUUCUAACUGCCAGUCUCUCAGGAGGGCUUACAGUGCUGCUGGCCCAAGGAGCACUGCCAGUUGCUAGGGCAGUUAUUUGGUGCCCAGGAGAUGGAGCCCUGAGGCAGGAGGCUGGGAAAUUUGGGGGUGGGAGGCAGCUGCUGGUCUGCAGGGAAGGGUCUGGCUGCCUGGCCUUUCUCUCCGGCCCCACUAGUCCCUUGUCCCACCCUACCACAUCCCACUAGGGUGAUUAACUGUCCUGGUUUGCCCAGGACCGUCCCUGUUUUAACACUGACAGUCCUGGAUCCUGGAAACCCCUCAGUCCCAGGGCAAACUAGGACAUUUGGUCGACAGCCUAUAUCGGCAGCCUUCUCUGGGCUGUUGUGCAGGGGUGGAUUGGACUUCAUCAAGUGAGUGGGGAGACUUGUUUUCUGGAGUGCAGAUUCUGCCUAGGCACCCACAAAGCCUAAUAAGUUAUAACUGCAGCUUCCUAGAAGGCCUGUCCAGGGCCUCCAGAAACCCAAAGAGGAAAAGUUUGCCAACCGUGUACUUCUCCACUCUAGCUGGUUGCAAAUCUCUGUGCAUGGGCUGCUUUUGUGUGAGUCGGGGGCAGGGCAGGGCAGGGCAUCUGAACUUGGCCAGCAGGUAUCCUGAUUGUUCUGCAAAGUCUGUAGAUUCACCCUGUCCAGUCAACUGUGGCAGCCACAGGGAAAUGGCCUUUGUCACUCCAAAUACCCCUUUGAGUGUCACCUGUGAGGCCAGCUUGUAACCCCAUCUUAGAGACAGCUGCACUGUGUUGGGAGCAGGGCCCUCAGGCUGAGGCACAUCUGACAGGCUCUACUGAAGGGUUCUGGAAUAUCUGGUCUGCCUGGGCCCUCGGGCGCCAAGUCUCCAACCUCCCCCCCAACCCCCAACCCCGAUGCAGGAAUCCUUCCUCAGGACUUUACUGCCAGGUACAAGACAAACUGCUAGGACCUGCCCAAAACUUUGUAAAGCAGCCAGGAGCACCCCCUCUUCCCUCACCGUAACCUAGGGGACUGAUCAAAUGGCCUCCCCCUGCCGUCCCCAGAGGCAUUUCAAGGGCAUUUUGGAGCACUCUUGGCAGUAUGGAAGUGAGAGUAUAUGCUCAUCACCUGUGGAAUGUGUCAGGUGCAGACAACCUCCCCCAGCCCCAGGGGAUCCGAGGACUGCACCCUGGUGUUGUGGGCGUGUCCCUGGACCUGGAGGCGUAGGAGUGAGCAUGGGCAUGGGAGUUACCUGCCUGCACAGCAGUUACCCAUAAGCUGAGAGGGAGGCCGCUGGAUGAGCCAGGCUCCUGUCUGGGUUUGUAAACCCAGCAGGCCUCUUCCUGGCUGGGAGCUCAAGUCACCCAAACUGUCCAAGGCUUGCCGGGUAGCUCUGUGAAACAGGCCUCUGCAGAGGCCCUUCUCCAGUUCAUAGUUCCUUGCAAUUCUGAGGCACAAAAGUAGGUGAGACUGCUUUUGUAUCUGCGAAGUGCUUCACUCCUGAAUGUAAUUCUAGCUGAGUGCAAUCUAGGUUAAGAGCCGGGCAAGCGGGUAAUUAGAGCCCGCUCGCUGCCCGAGGACCGGCCGCCCCGCCGAAGCGCGCCCGGAGCCGGCGCCCUUCUCCCGGCCGAGCCGAGCUGCGGCUGGACACGGAGCGCCCGAGAUGAUGGUGCUGGACAAGGAGGACGGUAUGCCGAUGCUCUCCGUCCAGCCCAAAGGGAAGCAGAAGGGCUGCGCGGGCUGCAACCGCAAGAUCAAAGACCGCUACCUGCUGAAGGCGCUGGACAAGUACUGGCACGAGGACUGCCUCAAGUGCGCCUGCUGUGACUGCCGCCUGGGCGAGGUGGGCUCCACGCUCUACACCAAGGCCAACCUCAUCCUGUGCCGGCGCGACUACCUGAGGCUCUUCGGCACCACAGGAAACUGCGCUGCCUGCAGCAAGCUGAUUCCAGCCUUCGAGAUGGUGAUGCGGGCCCGGGACAAUGUAUAUCACCUCGACUGCUUCGCCUGCCAGCUCUGCAACCAGAGAUUUUGUGUGGGAGACAAAUUCUUCCUGAAGAACAACAUGAUCUUGUGUCAGAUGGAUUAUGAGGAGGGGCAGCUCAAUGGCACCUUUGAGCCCCAGGUUCAGUGACGCCCGGCGCCUGGCCGCCCGGCCCGUCCGUCCGCCCGCCCGCCUGCCCACCCGCCCGGCUGGCCAGCUGCUCUCCUGCCGAUUACAGCUCCUCUGUCCUCGAUGGGAGGAAGGGCCCUUCCUCCAGCGCCGCCCGUCUGUGUGUGACCCCUCCUGGGGCCAGGCUGGGCCUGUACAGUCUGUCUUCUGUAUAUAAAUGGGAACAUUUAUUUUAUGAGAAAUGUAAUGCGAUUUUAUUACUGGCGUGGAUUAAACUUAUGAAUGUUUCCGGGGA